CGCCUAGCGAUAACAACGUCAUUCGUCUUUGCGCUGUGUGACUACAACCAUGGGGACUCUGAAAAUAUCUGCUCGAGCAUUUGUUCUAGUGUUUGCUCUCAACUUUUUUCUGUGUUCUGGUCAACACGACGAUGACAAAAUAAAACCUCAAGACAUGCAAAAAAGAGAGGACACGAUUAACAAGGACAUGAUAAAGGCUGGAGUAGAUGUCAGUAGGACAUUGUGUGAUAACAAGACUGACGGUGGAGGAUGGAUUAUUAUUCAGAGACGAAUCAAAGGUGAUGUGAGCUUUUUAAGAACUUGGAACGAUUAUAAAAACGGAUUUGGCUCAAAUUCUGGAGACUUCUGGAUAGGAAAUGACGUCAUUUAUCAGCUAACAAAUUUAGGUUAUAAUGAACUCAGAUUUGACAUGAAGUAUAAUUGUAAAGACUACUACGCUGUGUACAGAGGUUUCAAGGUAGAAAAUGAAGCAGCAAAGUAUAAGAUGUACUCCAUGUCAUUCAGUGGUGGGAAUGUUGAAAACUUGUUUAUUCAUCACAAUGGCAUGAAGUUUACAACCAUUGACUCUGAUAACGAUAUAUGGUCACCUGUAAACUGUGCUGAAGAAAGGAGCGGUGGUUGGUGGUAUAGUAAUUGUCAUUGGGUUAACGUCAACGGUGAAUGGGCGAGUCGUGUUUACGAUAAAGGAAUUCAUUGGUAUAGCAUUACAGGCUGGUCUGACUCUCUAGACUUUGUUGAGAUGAAACUUCGUCAAAUGUAAACAACCCGAGAACAAUGUCUGGUAAAAUUAAGGGUACACAACAAUCAAAUUACAUAAAAACCAUGAACAGCACUACCUAAAUUAAAAUAAAUACAUUUAAAAAUGUAACUAAGGCAAUAUUUUCAAGAUGAUAAUGGUGAAAGAGAAGUAUACAUGUAAGGAACACCAACUCAUAACAUUUCAUUUGAAAAGUUGUUUUACAAACUCUAACAUAAUUUGUGUUAUUAUAAUGAUGUAAUAAGACCAAAUAAGCAGUAAUCUUCACAUUAAAAUAUUUUAAAGAUUGACGGUUCGUGUUCUAUCGAUAAAAGAAAAAACACCUCGUGGAUGAGUCAUUUAUUACUUGCAUGUGUAUAACUAUAUAUUAGUAUUGUAGUUGGCAUCUACCACUAUAUCUUUAACUAGCCAUUCACUUGAGUCGUGUGUCGUUAACCCAUAACAACGUAUAUAAUGUUUGUGCAAUUUUUUUAAUAAUAUUUUUAGCUAGUUUUUCAAAGAUGCAUAUUCCAUACAAACAUUAAGUAGGGAUAGUAACUGUUAUAUUUUAAUUUGUAAAAUUGUGUAUUGUAAAUUGUGUAUAAUAUGAGGUCAUACCAAUGUAGUAGAAUAAAUGGAAUAUUUAAGUAGUUUUAUCUAAUGUAUUUAUUACAGUGCACGAUGGUUUAUUAAGGGAAUCUCCGGUAAAUUAAAUAUUUAUAAGUAGACCUGAAAAGUUUUAUUUUAAAUCCUUUUUUACUAAGCUUUAAAUAUUCUUUUAUUUCCGCUUUCAAGGUAUGUAAUUAUACUUUCGCUGAUGAAAAUGGUAUUUGUAAUUGUUAUAUCUUAUGAUCAAUUUAGUGUCCACUGUGUAUCAUACUAUAGGUUGGAGAAUCAUUCGUUUGCCUAUUUAAUUUUCACAAUUGUUUUCAUACAUUUUUCUUAUAUCGUCCACAUAAUUUUUUAUCAAGCCUUCCUUUGGGUGGUUUAAUGGAUUCUUUGUUUUAUAUAUUUAAUAAUAUAUCCAUUUACAACACUUAAUGUGAUUUCUUUUUUUUCGUUUGUCUUUUGAACAUAUAAUAAAAACUUCUAAAU